GGUCUCUUGGACCAAUACAUCCUCAAUGCCUCCCCCUCACGACCAGUCGACGUUGCAGCCAUCAGCUACGACAUAUCGGACACUACCACACAUCUCGUUCAACUAUCACUGCGCCAUCUCUCGAACCGACAUUUGACCUUCUUUCUUCCCAAGAUUGCCGUUCAUGCCGUGCCGCUUCCACCGACCUUGCCUUUUGGUCGAUUCCCGUUUUCCGUGCAGAACAAGAGCCGAAAUCUGCGCUCCGUCACCCCUGACCCCUGCCCCAUCGAUCUUCGCCGCUGGACCGAGUUUGGGAUUUCCGACCGCCUGGUGCUCUUCGCUUGCGAGUUUCCUAAUUUCAGCAGUGCCCUGGACUCGAUCUAG